AUGAAAAGGAGACCGAAUUUCAAAGUGACCGCCAUCAAAGCCGACGAGGACGAAGAGCAUACGGCCGAGAUGAAAUCGAGCCUCGCAUUCACCGCUGGAGGGUCGCUCCUCAUAAAGGACUUUCGGCUGAACUUGCUCGGUAUGAAGUCCGGGAUAGGCCUCGACGAGAUCGAGUUAGGGAAGGAGCUCGGCAGAGGAGCGAGCAGUGUUGUUCUGAAGGCGCGCCACCUCCCCACGGACCAGGACAUUGCGGUGAAAAAGUUGUUAAACAUCAGAGACAAGCAGCUGCGGAAGCAACUCGUGGCGGAGAUGCAGUUCUUGAAGCCGAUGCUCGCAGAGUCCCCGUGUCCUUUCCUUGUGUCCCUCUUCGACGGCUACUAUGAUCCCAAGGAGGAUGCCACCUUCCUUGUCAUGGAGUUCUGCCACUUCGGCGCACUGGACAACUUGAUCGUGAAGAAAGGAGCGCCGGAGGAAGAUGCCCUGUCGUUCAUCAUGAGAUGUAUCCUGCUGGGCUUGUCUUACCUCUACCGCAAGGGCAUCGUCCAUAGAGACAUGAAGCCUGCCAACUGUCUGGUGGCCAAGGACGGGAUCGUCAAGAUCUCUGACUUCGGAUCGAGGCAAGCAGACGUCUCAUACUCCUGA